UUUUAAAUCACCAACAUGCAUUUUUCUCAUGAACUGGAGCUUUUCCCCGACCUUACCGUGACCCAGAUACUUUUCAAAGAUGUCAAAAAUGCCGCCGAGCUGAGACAACGCGCCGUGGAGGGUAAAAUAACCGGUGCAUUGAUCAACCCCACCAUGCUGCUGAGUCCCUUCCAAGUGCUGGUGGCUGCUAAUAAGGCCGUCCACUUACACACAACUGGUAAAAUGAAGACUAGAAGCCAGUUUUCCGAGAUAAUCUUUAACCUGUCCCCAACUAAUAAUAUUAAUGAUGCCUUCAAAAAGUUUGGGGUCUCGGAUGGUGACGACUCAGUCCUCGUGGUCCUGGUCCACAAGAAAGAGGAAUCCCAUCUUGUGUCAGACAUCACAGCCAAAGUGGAUGGACAGCAGGUUCCAGUGGAUGACAUGUCCUCGCUCUCAGACCGUGCAAAGAUUAAAAAGCUGUACAAAGUCAGCCCUCAGGAGGAGAAGUGCGGGACUCUUCUGGAUGCAGUCGUAUGCAGGAUGGCCAUUAAGGAUGUCAUGUAGAUGCAACAUUCAUUUCUCCAUAUAGUGUUCUUUUUAAGCGUCACUCUAAAUAAUGGACACAUCUAGCACCAUCAUUUUAAUUUGCUAAAAAAUGCAAAAACUGAAUUAAAAAAAAAAUAUAUAUAUAUUUUUU